UAAGAUAAUCUGUAGUGCAACUACAUAGCUGCAACGCAUCUGUCAUGUCUGCUGUCAUUUGUCAAUUCUAAUAUAUUUUUACAGAAGCUUAUAAUUCUUAUAACAUAUUGGCAUUUAUCUUAUGAGAAACUACACAAAAUAGUGAUCAGAGUGGGCGCUAUUCAUGAUGAUUGUUUGAUAAACCCAUACAGUCAGAAUGAGUAAUAACUUGGAUGGGGACAGGUCGGUCACGACUGGCAAAAUGUAUCCAAUAGAUUUAGCGCCUCAAAAAAUAACUAUCGUUAAAAGCGUAUCCAAUGCCGAGGUGAAAAUGGCUUUGAUUCCGGGCCAGUCGAAGAAUUCGGGCACCAAUCAGUUAAUAGGUCACGCGGGACCUGGCUCAGGCUUGAUGCGUCCAGGUCUUGCACAAAUUAUUUCUCCAAGCGUCGCGUCACAGCCUCAAAUGAUUGUAAGCGGAUCACCAAUAUUGCAGGGGGCACAAAUUGUCAGCCAAGGUUCACAAAUUAUUGGGCAGAGUCCACAAAUUAUAUCACAGUCACAACUUAUUACACCCAGUGGGCAAAUAAUCAGUCCAGCUACCCAAAUCAUAAGCCAAGGAACACAGCUUUCAGUACCUGUGUCAAGCUCAAGUAAUGCUGUCAACUGCCAAACAAGUGUUGCAUCAUCUGUAAGCGGUACACAGGUGCUAAAUGUUGCGGGCCAGUUGGUGAGCGGUGGUAGCAAUUUAGUGGUGAAUUCAUCUAUGAGGACAUUACCUCAGACUGUAAGAGUGUUACCACCACUACAGCAUCAUAACAACAGGCCAGUACAACUGUCGAGUGUGAAUGUGAGCAAUGCGAGCGGGGUGCUUGUGAGUAAGAGUGUGGGCGUUGGGGUGACAAGCCACGUGCCACGGGGACUCGCCGCCGGAGCGUCUCUCGCCGUACGCCCAGUAGCACCUCCUGCAUCACAACCAGUAGGAGCCGCUCAAGGUGGCGCAUGGUCGAACACCGCACGCGCUCCCCGCGGUGCCCUGGUGUAUGGAGCACGCGGCUCGCUGACGCGCGCGUCUCCUCCCGCGUCGCACGUCACGCACGCGCCCACUACUUCACCACAUUCCACCAUACUCACACUGCCUACCACAUCAGUGCUCACUUCGAGUGGUGUGAUAUCUGGCACAGUACGCGGUGUAACGCCGCGGACGCCGACUCCUACACCGGCGCCAAUCACUUCUACAGCUCGACCCCUGCCCCUCCUGCAACGGAACUAUCAACCCGCAAAGGUGGUAGGUGUCGCGAGUGUGGGUGUCCGCGGCGUCGUGGGCAACAGUGCGCCCACGCAGCUUUACUACGAGGUGCCACGCGCUCCUCCUCCCGCUCCCGCGCCGGCGCCGGGCCCUGCGCCCGCGCCGACCGCUGCGCCGCUCGCGCUGCACACGCCGCACGCACCACAUGUGCCACACGCGCCACACGCCCCACACGCGCCGCACCCGGCGCUGACCCACGCACUCGCAUCGCAUGCGCACCGCCCUGUCGCUUCUUACGCACAAUUAAACAUAGUGAACACGAGUUUACCGGUACAGGAGAUCCGUCCCACGCCCGUUUCAAUUUCAUCAACACCAGGACUGCCCAGACCAUCUAUACUAAGAAAACGAGAUGUAGAAGGGUCUCCGACGAAGAGUCCUGGAGUGACGUUCGUGCGUAUCGGCAGUACGGGAUGGGAAGACGUACCCGCGGGGGAGGGCGGCUCGGGCUCUACAACUAUAUCCGCGUCCUCAUCGCCCGCGCCCGACACUGAGCCGGAUCCUCCGCCACUAGCACUCGACCCAGAUCUCUCGCCCAGGAAGAAACCAAGGAAGCAAACCCUGAUCAAUGAAGUAAGGCAAUGUGAUUAUCAACCAGAAGAUUCGCCGCCAUCUCCACAAUCGGUGACUAUCAAGACUCCUAAACGGCCAUUGCUGAGCUCAAGCUACGUGUGUGAGUGGCGGAGUACGGCGCUGCACUUCGUGCGGCCCGCCGACGUGCGCCGCCGCGAGCCACGUGCCAGGGACAUACUCGCCAUCGCAGGCCAGAAGCACGUACUCAGCAGCGCCGAGGGUUGGAAGGUGCAUCAUCUCACCGCUCAGAUGGAUGAUUUGGUAUCGCUGGAGUCGGACGUGGGCUCGCAGCUGUCGGCGCUGCUGCGCGCGCUGGACGGGGCGCCGCCGCGCGCGCUGCAGGCGCUGCAGCCGCACGAGCACGCUAUACUCGAGCUGCUCAAGGGUAACAUACAAAGAAGUAAAAUCGUGUGUGAAGGCGUUCAGGAAGCCCGUGAAGAUAUUCUGCGAGUAUUUACUCAUAGAAAAUUCGUGUCCGAUAUUUUAACUCGGCAGGCUGACAAACGAUGUUUCAGAAAGCACCGUUCCCAGUCAUAGCACACACAUGUCAAGGAAUCUCAAACGACGUCUACGAAAGUAUUAAGCUGAAUUGUAAAAACAAAAAUAUUUAUUCCGAUCCUGCCACAUUGAUUUUUUAUCCUUACUGGAAUACACUAAACCCAUUAGCAGGGUUCCUUCGCAUUUGAAACACAGACAACAUAUAUUUGUCGUACAUGUGCGUCUCAUGUAUAUGAAAUUGAAGGUUCUAUUACAAUAAGCUGUAAAUAUUAAUUAGUGUAUAUUAUGCAAUGUUAAGAGUAUGUAUUUAAGUUGGGGAAGAAUGUGAAUGAGUUUAUUUUUGACCACUUUUAUUUAGAAAAUAAAGAUUUCUUACAUAUUCA